CAUAUACCGUAUUUUUCGCUCCAUAAGAUGCACCUGACCAUAAGACACACCUAGGUUUUAGAGGAGAAAAACAAGAAAAAAAAAUAUUCUGAACCAAUGGACUGCAGACACAGUACAGGAGAAGACCAGAGACUGCGGACACAGUACAGGAGAAGACCAGAGACUGCGGACACAGUACAGGAGAAGACCAGAGACUGCGGACACAGUACAGGAGAUGGACCAGAGACUGCGGACACAGACAGGAGAAGGACCAGAGACUGCGGACACAGUACA